AUUAAUAAUAAAUGUACAUUCUGGUUCCAUGGAUGACUAGAAAUACACCUGUUCAAAUUGUGAAUUGGCUAAUCAACAAGUAUUGGUCUAUAUAAACAUGCCUCCUGUACCCUCUGAUAGGGAAGGUUCAUCUCUAACAAUCAAUUGACUAUUCAACUUCACAGCAAUAACAUCACAAAUAUAUUACACCUUUUCAAAGGAAAAUCAGAACCAUGACUUCAGGCUUGAUCUUUGUUACUGGGGCCACUGGUUUCAUUGGUAUCGCAACCGCCCUCGAAGCCCUUAAGGCAGGCUAUCGGCUCCGUGUAGCUAUCCGUCAGGAAUCCCAGAUCCAGAAAGUUAAGAAGGUGCUUUCGGAGUAUGCUGAUAAGCUUGAAUUUGCUAUUGUACCUGAUAUCACCGACGACAAGGCAUAUACGGGGAAACUUGACGGCGUGGACUAUGUCCUCCACAUUGCGUCCCCUCUUGCCCGUACCCUCGAUAAGAAGGAUUAUUUUGAACCUGCACCAAAAGGAACCGUCAAUAUACUAAAGGAGGCCACCAAGGUCUCAAGUGUUAAAAAGGUUGUCAUUACCUCGUCUAUUGUUGCUUUUAUUCCUCUUAGUGGGGUUCCUGAGGGUGGAGUUGUUACAGAGGAGCCAACCUGGGACUUGACCGUCGAUGUUGAUGGAGACUUCACUGGUCCCCACCCUAAGGCUACAGCAUUCAAACUUUACCACGCUUCCAAGAUCCUCGCGAACGAUGCGACAUGGGAAUUCAAAAAGAGGAAUGACCCUAAUUUCUCCCUUGUCACUAUCCAUCCUACUUUUGUUUACGGCCAUGACCUAUUCCAAACAACGCCUGAUGAAAUUGGUGGCACAAAUAGUAUUUUAUGGAAUGCUUUUGUGUCUGGCGAAGCGCAGAUUUGGUCUAGCUAUGUCAAUGUCCGCGACGUUGCGAAAGCGCAUAUCAAGGCUUUGGAUUCCACAAUUCCCGACGGAUCCAAGUAUCUCGUGGCUGGAAAAGAUACCACAUGGAAGGAAGUCGCACAGCUUCUGAAAAAGAACUAUCCCAGCAAUGAACUUUUCAAGUUGUCCGAGGCGACCACGGGUAUCCCAUUGCCAGCCAAUACAUCCAAAGCUGAGAAGGAGCUUGGUAUUGAUUGGAUUUCACUUGAAGACACAAUCAAGGAAGUUGUAGAACAAAACUCGAAGUGAGGUUGUUGCAUGUUCGUAAGUGGAGGAUAUGGAAGAUGGACUAUGUAUUUAGGUAUAUAAUCAAAUAGAAGAUGGUAUUGUAUUUUCUUA